AGUUACUCAAUUUUUUUGGCUGUUAAAUUAUAGUGAAACUGUAAAUUGGUUUUAGUUUUAAAUUAAAAAGCUCUAUUUGUCUUUUACUUGAUUCUCAAAAAUGGAUAGUUCUACUAUAGACCACAGUGAUUCAGAUUCUGGAGAAAGUUGGACUAUAAUCGAAAAUGACUCUAAUAACGCAGAACUUGCGGCCGAGAUCCCAGAACCUGAAAGUAUUGCAGUAGACAAUGAUAGAGAUGAGGAUACUGAUGGUAUAUCCAUUAUCACUGACAGUGAACCAGACUCUUCACCUUGUCAAAUAAAUUGUGAACAUAGUCUACAUGAAGAAGAUUGCUCACAAUUGCUUCAUAUACCAGAAUUAAUUGAUUUGAACCAUGAACCGGAAAAAGAGACUGAUGAUUUUCUUAGUGAAAGUGGUAGGAACAAAACAUGGAACCGUAAAACAUAUGUGCAUCGGAGGAACAAAAGGUUGAGCACUGUACUUGACAUUAUAAUGUUAGGUAGUGUCAUUAUAACUGCAGGUGUAGCAAUAGGUCACAUAUGGGGUGCAAAAACUGACUGUUCUACACAAGCCCCAACAAAUGUUAAUAAGAUAUUGUCCAAUCUCUACAAACUACAAGAAGAAAAUGCUUAUUUAUGGAGUAAAUUGAAGGAACUUACAGCGCUAAAUAAUUAUCAAAUGACUCAACAGAAGACAACCUUAAAACAAAAUAAAUGCAAGAAAAUAUUUGAAGAACCCUUGAUAAACAAUGAUGGUAAGAGAGUAACAAGAUGUGUUGAUGACAAAUUUUUCAAUAGUGGAAACUUAAUAAAGAGUCCCAUGGUAGAGGCUGCUAAAAACGAGAAAUCUGAAGAACUCCUUAAUGAAACGGAUGAUUUGACAAAUGAACAAAAAAGUUAUGCAAAAUCACUUAAAGAUUUUGAAAAGGUUAAAACAAAUAAAUAUUUAAAUGACAACCAAAAGAUACUUAAGAAGCCAUAUGAAUCUGUAAUAGACUCUUCUUUUAGUGAUAUCGAUAAUCUGGUGCAUAUGAAUAAGGAAAAAUCUAAUUUAAAAACCAAUAAAAAUCAGGAAGGAGACUAUGGUUAUAAACUUAAUGUAGAAAAUAUAAAUCCACAUAGAGGUUCAAGUCUACAAAAGGAAGACCAUAGUUUAAAUGAUGGUAUUACCAGGCAUGAAAGAAAUCAACAUAUAAAACAAAAAGAAAACAAGACUAUAAAGGCAAAAGAAAGAAAAGUAUCUGGACAGGAUGUACAAGAUGAAUUUAAUAAUAAAAGGGAUUUUACAAAAACUAAAGAAGAUAAAGUUCAAAACAAUGAAAAUAAAACUAAAGCUAAAUAUACUGUGGGUCGCAAAGAAAUUAAUACCCCUAAAUUAUCAAAUUACAAAAAGGAAGAUACAGAAGAAAAUGUUAUCCAAACUAAAAACAAUGAUUUUAAGAAGGACAAAAAAUUUAAUGAAGAUAAUGUGCAACAAAUUGAUAGUGUGGAAGAUGUUAAAAGAGACGACAGAUAUGUAAGUCAAAAACAAAAACCAAAAUUAAAGAAAAAUGGUAAACAUCAAAAAAAUAAAAAGAACAAAAAGAGAAAUAAAUAUGAGCAAUGGGAAAUGAAAGGUGGUUUAAUUGGGGACUAUGAUUAUGUUUCCUUGGAAUCAUCUCAAGAUAAGGAAUAUUUGUUUAAUAAGCCAAAUUUAAUGAAUGAUAAAAUCUAUAUCCAUCAAUCAGGACACAAUAAUAACAUUGAUAACAAUUUUGAUGCAAAAACGGAUAACCUAGAUGAUGAAUAUUUUAUAGACGAUGAAAAGAAUAUUAAAACAGGAAUUGAAAAAGAUGAAAUUAACUGGUUGGACAAAAGAGCAAGGCUUCGUAAAGAGGCAAGACUAAAGUUAGAACAAGAAUCACUUAGUAAGAAUGGUGUUAAUACUGCAGGAUGGUAUUUCCGACGCAUGCACAAACGAGAACAGAGUCGCGGGAAAAACGAUAACAGUACUUAUCGUAAAUCGUCAAAACCUAUUAUAAAUUAUAAAUUGAAACAUUAAAUAUUACAAUAAAUAUGUAUUAUAUUCAUAGUUUGUUAACUUCUAAUUAGACAAUGCUUUUAUUGAAGCAUUUAUAAUGAUAAAUUGCCAAGCAGUAUAAUAAAAAAUAUUAUUUUUUUAUGUUCAAUAAUAAAGUGAUAAUAAUUUGAGCCAUUAGUUUUUAUAGCAAAUAGGGGCAGAGCCGUUUGACAGGAGCCUUUGGCCUUCUACCUUGGUAUGUCGUCCAUAAAAGAAAAAAAGUAUAGAAAAAUAUUUUAUCUAGUCGACGAAUUUCAUUUUCCAAAAUUCUAACUACAAUACGUAAACAAAAACAUCCAUAUUAGAUAACUUCAAUGCGUUAAAAUUUUGAAAUAUUCAAAAGCUUAAGUUGACAAAAUUGUUUCUUAAAUUUGGAUCUAAAUAAUUGAGAUCUUUCACACUUUACACCAAGGUCUCCCCUCCAAAUCUGGUUCUGAUAGAGGUCCUGAAAAAGGAUGGUUUUAGAGAAAUAACUUAUUUCCAAUAUUUUAAAUUAUUUUCUCCUUAUGUAUAUUUCUUUUAUUUUAAUUCCAAUUAUAAAUUAUAACUGAUAUUGAUCAUUAUUUUCAACUUUAUUUUACCAAAAGAGGUUGCGUGUUCACAUAUUUUUGGUUAGAUAAGUACAGCAGUUGUAACAUUAUUUACUUAAAAUAUACGAUUUGAUAAAAUAGAAUGUAGAUAGAUAUAAAUUCAGUAUUGUGAUAAUAUAUAAGUGGUAAACUCAUUGUCAAGGUCUGAAAAAUCUUUAGCUUUUUCACAUUCACUUACCCUAUGGUAAAGGACAGAUUGUGAAAUUAAUUUAUUUACAUCCUACUAUGCUAGUAAAUACUUGCCCUUUUGGAUUUUUGAUCCCGUGAUAUUCUUUAAGUUAAAUUUAUUUUAAGUACUGUCAAUAAAUAUAUUCAUAACAAA